UCAUUGUUCAGGUAACAUCAACAAUCUGUUGUAUCUUUUACUCAUGUUGAUCAGUUGAUUAUGAUAAAAAUUGUCACUCUUUAUCAAUAAUUAAAUUACUUUUUCCAUAGAACUUGUAAUAUUGAUUAGUUAUUGAAAACAAUCAACUAAAACCAUCAAAAAGUUUUCACCAUAAAAAUUGUCAACAUUCAUGGACACUUUAUAAUCAUUGUUAUGAUUGGAAUUAAUUUUUGGAUAAUGAAAUUAUCUCAAUUUUAAUCAUCAUCAAUUAUUCAGCAUAAGCUACAAAUAAAUCACCUCUUCGUUAAAUAAUAAUAACAAUCAGUGAAUCAAUAUUUAAGAAUUCAAUCUGGACUCAUUGGUUGUGAAUCGGUUCUCCAUCACUUCAUCUCUUCAUAUGAGUGAAUUAUGGUGAAAAUGUUGCUUCUUUUCAUUUCAAUUAAUCGGCAUAAAUAUCAACAUCAUCAUCAUCAACAUAAUCUACUAUUUAAUCAGAUACAAGUUUAAACAUUCAACUUGAUUUUAUUCUCCGGCCUCAACAAGAAGAAGAAGAAGAAGAAGAAAAAACCUUCGAUAAUGGUUACUCUGAAAAUGUAAUUGUUCUUCAAUAAUUAAUAUAUUCUGAACACACCAAACAGUUCAUACAAAUUCAGUACCUUACACACGCAAUCAUCUUAGCAACUUAAUUUCCUUUUCUCUCCCUUUCCUUUUUCUUACUCUGUUGUUUCUUCUCCUUCUUUUCAUCAGUGAAAACAAAACCUUUUCCCUUUUACUUAUCAAGUUUACAUACGAAAUCAUCUUUUUCUAUUCUUCUCUCUUUUCCCCUGUCUUCUAUUCUAUUCUCUUUCUCUUUCUCCCUCUCUCUCUCUCAAUGUGUGUUCUACAUCAUUCUACCUUGCAUCUCAAUUAAUCAGCAAUUUUUCAUGUUGCUGUUAUCGUUUACAAAUAGAUACCUUGGGUUACCUCUGGAUUGUGCUAUUUCCACCAUUAUUUUACUGUGAUACCUUUAAUUACUGUUCAUGUCCUUGAUGACCAACACCUGAACUACCUGAACAACUACAUCUAAUUCAACUCAAACAAAAUCUAUUCCACCUUCUCCUGUUUACUUUUCUUCAUCUUCUCAACGAGUUAUUUAGAUCUUCGAAGGUCGAAAAUUGUUUUGUUUUAUUUUUCUAUUCAUUUGAUAUACAUACUAUAUCUACUCAAUCUCUCUAUCUUUCUCCUCUUUUUAUCUUCUUUCUUUUCUCUCUCUCUCUCUCUCUCCCUCAACUUGAAUUACAGACUCAAGGAAGUUGAGUUUGAAACGUCCACUAACAGAUGAGAAUUUACCUUCUAACUUCACAUUCUCUUGCUUCUGGUUCACUUUUUUUCACUGUUAUUUGUUCAGUUCUAUUUGUUUCUUUCUGAUAUCAUCAUUCAUCGCCAAGAAAACAAAGCCUUUUCUUAAUUGUUGUUAAUACUCUCUAAUUGACUGACAUCCGUUCCGAUUUAUUUUACAUUAACUUGUAAAAAAUUUUAUACCAUCUACUUUUCUGUGCUUUCACCAAAUAUUCAUCAUCCCAAUCAGCUUUACCAUUCCAAUCAUCUCUACAACCUCAUCAUCAUCGUCAUCAACAAUUUUAUCGGUUAUCAUCAUAGUUAUAAUUGGUUGACAUAUUGGCUGGUAAACAGAGGAAAUUGAUAGAGGAUAACAAAGACUGUGUUUAGAUUGACUUUGCAAUAAUAAUAAAUUGUGUUUUAUUAUUACUCAUAAACAGCAAUCAUGGCAACCGAUAAAGUUAAGGUUGCUAUUCGAGUGAGACCUUUUAAUCGUCGAGAAAUCGAACUUGGUACUAAAUGUGUUAUCGAAGUUAAAGAUGAACAAAUUAUUCUAUUUAAUCCAAAUGAUUUAACUAAAGAUGGUUCACUUAAUCGUCGGGGACAAAAGGUUUUCGCUUUUGACAAUUGUUUCUGGUCUUUUAAUGAAAAAGAUUCUCAUUUCGCUAACCAGGAAAAAGUUUUCAAUCAAUUAGGCACCGAUGUGUUACAAAGUGCUUUUGAAGGAUACAAUGCAUGUAUCUUUGCCUACGGACAAACUGGAUCUGGUAAAUCAUAUACCAUGAUGGGCUCAUCAGAUUCUAAAGGUCUUAUACCAAGAUUAUGUGAUAGUAUAUUUGAAACAAUUGCAGCAAAUUCAGAUCCAAACAAAAGUUUCAAAGUUGAAGUGUCUUACAUGGAAAUUUAUAAUGAAAAAGUUCACGAUCUUUUGGAUCCCAAAGGUGUUAAACAAAAUCUACGUGUACGUGAGCACAAUAUUCUUGGUCCAUAUGUUGAUGGUUUAUCAACGUUGGCUGUCUCUUCAUAUGAAGAGAUUGACAAUUUAAUGAUUGAAGGAAACAAAUCUCGUACAGUUGCUGCAACUAAAAUGAAUUCUGAAUCAAGUAGAUCUCAUGCUGUUUUCACGAUAACUUUGACUUGUACCAUAUACGAUCCCUCAUCUAGUGUUUUCGGUGAAAAAGUGUCCAAAAUGAGUUUAGUCGAUUUAGCUGGUUCAGAGAGAGCAGUUAAGACUGGAGCAGUUGGCGAAAGACUGAAAGAAGGUUCAAAUAUAAAUAAAUCAUUAACCACUUUGGGCUUGGUAAUUUCUAAAUUAGCUGAUCAAGCGUCAGGUAAAUCGAAAGGUGAUCAAUUUAUACCUUAUAGAGAUUCCGUGUUAACCUGGUUACUUAAGGACAAUUUAGGAGGUAAUUCGAAAACGGUUAUGGUCGCUACUGUUAGUCCAGCUGCCGAUAAUUACGAAGAGACUCUUUCUACUCUUCGAUAUGCCGAUAGAGCUAAAAGAAUUGUUAAUCAUGCUGUUGUUAAUGAAGAUCCUAAUGCUCGUAUGAUUCGUGAAUUGAAGGAGGAAAAUGAACAAUUGAAAGAAAUGUUGAAACAAUCAGGUCAAACUGAAGAUCUGAGAGAUCGUUUAGCUGAGUCAGAGAAGUUAAUUAAAGAAAUGACACAAACUUGGGAAGAGAAACUGCGUCGAACUGAAGAGAUACACCAAGAAAGACAACAAGCUCUUGAGAAAAUGGGUAUUUCUGUCAAAUCAUCUGGUAUCAAGGUCGAAACGGAUAAAUUUUACUUGGUAAAUCUCAAUGCCGAUCCAUCAUUGAACGAAUUGUUAGUUUAUUAUCUUAAAAAUCGCACCCUGGUGGGUCGAGCUGAUGCAACCAAGGAACAGGAUAUUCAGUUAUCCGGUAUUGGUAUAAUGCCGGAACAUUGUGUCAUGGAGAUUGAUCAUGAUACACAAGAGUUAUUUAUAAUUCCAUUAGAAGGUGCAAGAACUUUUAUCAAUGGAAUUCAAAUAGAUGAUAAAACUCGAUUGCAUCAUGGUGAUCGAUUGUUAUGGGGUAACAAUCACUUUUUCCGCGUUGCCUGUCCAAAGACCAGUAAUAAUCGCUCAAGUCCAAACAACAGUAGUGCUAAUGUAAAUAGUGGUAACGGUGAUUGUAAUAACAUUAUACCACCAGAGGAAAGACCCAUUGACUAUGAAUUUGCCAGGGAAGAGUUAAUGAUGAAAGCAUUGAGUAAUGAUCCAAUUCAAGAUGCAAUGAAAUCGCUGGAGCGUCAAAGGGAAGAAGAUAAAAAUCGUGCCUUGGAAAAACAACGUGAAAUGUAUGAGAGACAAUUACAAAUUCUUCGUAGUCAAAUGUCACCAACAUCAUCACCCUAUGGUCAUGGGGGAUUUCAAAAGAGUGGAUUCUAUGAUCCUCUUACCAUGACCUGGAAUCGAUCACCUUUGUCAAGUCCCAAUGUAACAAAUCGUAUUGAUCGUUGGGCUGCUGAUCGAGAUGAAGUGUUUAAAAGAAGUCUAACCAAAUUGAAAGAAGACAUAGUGAAAGCAAAUUCGCUUGUGAUGGAAGCGAAUUUUUUGGCUCAAGAGAUGUCACGAAAUACUGAAUUCAAAGUAACCCUUCAAAUACCUGCAGCAAACUUGAGUCCUAACCGGAAAAAAGGUGCAUUCGUUAGUGAGCCGGCGAUUCUGGUUAAAAGGAAAAACAAAGCACCACAAGUUUGGUCAAUGGAAAAACUUGAGAAUAAAUUGAUCGAUAUGAAAGAUCUCUAUGAUGAAUGGAAAGAAAAGAAUGGAGCACUUGAUGAUGAUGUUUCCAGUACAUCUUCAAGUAAUUUGUCACUCAUAAUUGAUCCAUUUUACGAGUCAACAGAAAAGCAUCACUUAAUUGGUGUGGCAAACAUCUUCCUUGAAGUGCUCUUUCAUGAUGUUACCUUGGACUACCAAGUUCCCAUCAUCAGUCAACAAGGAGAGGUUGCUGGACGAUUGCACAUUGAGGUCAGUCGUAUUGCAGGCUCUAUUGGUGAAAGAUUUGGCGAUGCAUCGUCCGAAGUUAGUUCUGAACAGGGAUCUGCAAGUGAAAAAGACUCUAACAAUACCGUUACCAUUAAGGUCGCGGUUAAAGCCGCUCGAGGUAUUCCACUGACUCUCUCGAAUUAUGUUUUCUGUCAAUACACUUUUUGGGAUUAUCCAGACGCUAUUGUGGUUCCUACGAUUGAUUCGAGUGAAUCAAAUCUUCCCAAAUUUGUUUCUGAAGGAACAACAUUUAAAUUUGCUCAUGAAAAAGAAUUUACAAUACAAGUGACUGAAGAAUUUCUCGAAUAUUGUUCGGAAGGUGCCUUAUCGAUCGAAGUGUGGGGUCAUCGAAGUUCAGGUUUCAGCUCAUUCCAUUCAGAUUGGGAUAUCGCUACAGCUCAACAAGUUGUCUCAAGAUCUUUGGCUGAUCGUUGGGCUGAAUUGAAAAGAAAAAUUGAAUUGUGGGUUGAAAUUCAUGAAUUAAACGAUAAAGGUGAAUAUAGUCCUGUAGAAGUUGCUUCUCAAGAUGAUAUUUACACCGGCGGUGUUUACCAAUUACGUCAAGGUCAACAGAGACGUAUUGUUGUUAAAGUGAUUCCUGCUCAAGACUCUGGCUCGUUACCUGUAAUCUGUGAAGCGAUAACAUCAAUUCAAAUUGGUUGUGUUUGUCAUCGAUAUCGAGUUCAAACUUCAUUAGAUUCUUACCAAGAAGUUGAUCUUGCUGUUCUCAAGUUAAAAUGGUCCGAUGCACUAAGUAAACGUAAAGAGUAUUUGGCUAAACAUAUGAAAGAAUUGGUCAAUAAAUCUAAUAAGAGUGAAGAGGAACGUGAAAGAGAGAAAAAUCUUGUUGGACAAUGGAUAAGUUUGACUGAAGAGAGAAAAGCAGCAAAUGAUCCACCAGCGGGCUCAGAAAUUCCCGGUGCUCCACCGACUUGGGAUCCACUUCCGGGAAUGGAAAGACACAUACCUGUGAUAUUUCUUGAUCUUAAUGCUGAUGAAAUGAGCAGCAGUUUAUUAUCCAACCUUGGAGAAUCUUCAGUCCUAUUAGCUGGAUCCAAUUCAACGAUACCCAAAGAACACAGUGAUCUAUUUGUUGAUCUUCGAAUAACCAAAUUUUCUGAAGAUGUUUGUUCAGCGACCGCAGUUUGGGACUCAUCCGUCCACGAUUCUCCAGCCCUUAAUCGACCAACAAGUGCAAAUGAUAGAGUUUAUCUUAUUCUAAAAGUUUCCGUCCGACUAAGUCAUCCAGCUUUAAUGGACUUGGUCUUGCGAAAAAGACUCGCCAUAAAUGUUUAUAAACAACAAUCACUCACUGAAAGAAUCAAAAAAAGUUUAAAACGUUACGAUAAUAUAACAGCAACCGGAGUAACUUAUGAAAUUGUUUCCAACAUUCCGAAAGCCUUUGAAGACAUUGAAGAUCGUGAAUCUUUGGCCUUAAUGGCUGCUUCCUGUGAUAAUAAUAAUAGUUGUGAUGGUGAAAGUUACAUUGAAAAAUAUACCCGAAGUGUUUCCGCCGUGGAGAGUAUCCUUGCUUUGGAUCGAUUGAGACAAGAAGUUGCUAUCAAAGAGCUUCUAGCAGCCAAAGGAAGCUUCCGGGAAGCGCUUCUCCGUAAAACAUUAAGUGUACCCAACAUGGGUGUUUUGAGCCUGUCGGAGCGUAGUUUUGACCGAGAGACAUUGCCACCGUUAUUUUAAAUAAUUGAUUUCAUGCAACGAUGAUCAAUCAUCCCUCUUUAUCGUUUAAACCAUCGUCACCAUCCAAAUCAUAUUGAACAUCAAAAUGAUCGUCACACAUUUUUGGUUUUAUCUCUCUUCCUGUAGUCUUUCUCGAUUUUUCCCAUUAUCUCCCUUUUACCCUUCCUCCAUUUCUCUCUCCCUUCUAUCUUUUCUACUCUGUUUCAUUCAAUUUCAUUCUCAUUCUCAUUCUUAUCAUCAUCAUUAUCAUCAUGUUAAAACCCUCAACUCCUCUUUAUUUCUUCUCUCAAAAUCAAAUGUUAAUUCGCAAUUUCAACUUCCAUUUUUAACUUCAUUAUGUACAAACAAAGGAAAAGCAAGAUUUUCUGAACGUCAAUAAUCCUCCCUGUAUGUUGUUUGGCUUAUCCUGGUUUUUACUUUUCUCUUGGAUAAAUGAUUCAACUAUUAUAAGCUCAAGUGAAUCCUAUGAAAGAGCUCCAUUGACAUUCUAGUUGAAAGACAAAGUAUCUCUAUCUUUCCCGUUGUUUACCUUUCUUGAUUCAUGUUGACGUCCAAAGCCUUGAUAUUUCAUUCAUUACACACAAACACUUUCCAUUGAAAUUAUUACAUAACGAUUGGUCUCAUCAAGCCUGUUGAUUGGCGGCGAUUCACUUCUGUUUGGUUAAUCAACUGACCAGGAAAACCUCAAUGAUACACAAAACAAAAAUUGCUCUUUCAACUCUAGAAAUCAAUUUACAUCCACACAAUCAAAAACAAAUCAAUAAAAUUGCGAUAAUUUUUCCAAUUCUCCUUAAAAUCCAAGAAUCCAUCCAAGAUAAUUAAAUUAAAUCCAUUCCAACGAAUCAUCAUUAAAAUCUAUCAACUUUCCUUCAAAACAAUGAUCAAGAAAAAAUGUUGUUUUGUUCCUGAUUUUCCAGACUGAAAUUAACCAAUAAUUAUAAAACAAAUUCGGAUGCAUGAUCAACAAAUUUGUAUAGUUUUUGAAAUAAUAUUGAUUUUAUAAAUAUAUAAAUGAACAAACUCACUUAUAUCUUAUAUCAAACUUAUUGUUGUUUCAGAAAAAAAGCAGAAUUAAGAAAAACUGAUCUUUCUUAAAGUCUUGUUCUUCCUGUAAAAAAAAGUUCAUGCUUUGAUUCACUCAGUUGGUUCAGAGAGAAGGUAAAAAAGUUAUAUCACUGGAAACUGUCAAUCGGAUAAAACAAUGAGAGUAACUGAAGAAAACAACUCGGGGUAUAAUCAAAGAUGUUACAAACCAUGACAUCGGAAAGUCAGGAUAAUUAUUACAUGACAAUGAGCAACAGAUAGAUGAUGAUGAUGAUGAUGAGUAGAAGAAGAAAAGAAGAUCAACAAGGAAAAGGAGUAGAUUAGAAAAAGAGAAUUGAUGUUUUCUGUUGAAUAUUAACAUUGAUUCAUUUUUCUUUCUCCUGUCAACAAUCAGUGUUGCCCAUCGACGACAAUUUGACACUUUGCUUUCAUUGAUUAGUUUCUUGUGAAUCUGUGAGAAGAACUUUUUCUUACAAGAGAUUCAAAUUGUGAAUCAUGAAGAUAAAGGAAGAGAAAUGUAGUCAUGGUCGGUAAAUUUUCCGCAUCAAAAUGUUCAAUCAUUACCAUGUUCAUAUUAAUGCUUCUAAUGUUUGUCACCUCGCAAGUCACUUACCUUUUAAAUGAUAAUAAGUGACAACAUCUGAAUGAACAUAGAUGAGCCUCUUUUCAUUGUCUUUUAGCCCUUUAAACAUUUUCUUGCUCAAGUUAAUCGUAUUUCUUUUGAUGGUCUGAUUGUCGUGAAAAAGUAAACAUAAUCACAAUCAUUUCCACCAUUGCAAUCAAAUGAUCAUCCAAAUUAUGUAAACUUUGUUGUGAAUGAUUAUCCAAUUAAACUUUUUCCUUAUGGAUCACGUUCAUCUUAA